AUGGAUUUGAUAAAAGGAGAUGAAAAUAUACAUGAGUUGCUUCAGGCUCAGGCUCAUGUUUGGAAUCAUUCAUUAAGAUUCAUAAGCUCCAUGUCACUCAAGUGUGCUGUUCAACUAGAAAUACCAGAUAUCAUCCACAAUCAUGGCCAACCCAUGACUAUUUCAGAGCUGGCUUUGGCUCUUUCUAUACAGCCUUCAAAAGUACACUGUGUCUACCGCCUUAUGCGAAUCCUUGUUCAUUCUGGAUUCUUUGCUGAAAAAGCUGGCCAAAGUGGCAAAGAAAAUGGUUACGUCCUCACCCUUGCUUCUCGUCUUCUCCUCAAGGACAAUCCCUUGAGUGCAAGACCUUUCUUACUUGCAAUGCUUGAUCCAAUUUUGAUGAAACCAUGGCAAUAUGUAAAUGCUUGGUUCCAAAGUGAUAAUGACCAUACAGUGUUCAGCACAGCUCAUGGUAGUACCAUGUGGGAUUAUACAGCGGUUGAACCAAGGCUGAACAAUUUCUUUAAUGCAGCCAUGGCCAGUGAUGGUCUUCUGGCGGCGAGCGUGGUACUUGGUAAGUGCAAGGGAGUUUUUGAAGGGUUGAAGUCACUGGUUGAUGUUGGGGGUGGCACUGGAACCAUAACCAAGGUCCUUGCCGAGGCAUUCCCACAAAUGAACUGCACUGUUUUUGAUCUUCCCCAUGUUGUCGCUGGCUUGCAAGGAAGUGAAAACUUGAAGUAUCUUGGAGGAAACAUGUUUGAGAAAGUUCCUCCUGGAGAUGCAGUCAUGUUGAAGUGGAUAUUGCAUGAUUGGAGCGACGACGACUGUAUAAAAAUACUUAAGAAAUGUAAAGAGGCAAUUGGUAGCAAAGACGAGGGAGGGAAAGUAAUCAUUAUAGACAUGAUAAUGGGAAACCAAGAAGUGGAUGAAGAGGCUAUCGAAACAAAACUCUUUUUUGACAUGCAAAUGAUGGUUGUUCCGGAAGGUCAAGAAAGAAACGAACAAGAAUGGAGUAGGCUCUUUGUUUAUGCUGGCUAUAGCGACUAUAAGAUACAUCAUAUUUUAGGCCUAAGGUCUCUCAUUGAGUUAUUUCCUUAAUAAUUCUCGAACCUCUUGUUACUGAUCUGUAUUAAUAAAGCGUGGUGUUUUUAUAUGUUAAUAAAGUUUGUCAUCUAGCUGAACCCAAACUUAACUCAGUUGCAUUUAACAAGUUUGGGAUUUGAAUUUCAGCACUUGUAAUCCUUUCUCCUAUUCCCUGGCUCUAACCUUCUUUGUGAAAAAAAUAAAGUUGGUUUCCUAGCUAGCUACUUCCUAUGUCUUUAAGGAGUCCUUGUUUUUCAGAAGAUAGAAAAGUUAGAUGUUGGAGCAGUUUUCGGUGCAAUAUUUCAUGUUGGAAUGUAAAUUAUUGGAGCACUUAUCUGUUGCUGUAGAUGUCUUUUAGACCUUCAUUAUUCCAUGUCAUGUGACUUACAUAUGGAUCUUGUUACGUAUUGAACUGUGCAUGAGUAUAUUCCAGUUUCAGUAUGUCCGACAUACUGGGAUUCAGU